AGUAUGUGUAUCACCAUGCGUGUAGCAUGGCUGACCAUAGACCGGCUCAGAAGUGGCCGAGACAUUCGCCUCUCGACCGCGACCAUGAGAGCACUCAACUCUCGACGCCUACGGUCACCGAGCGUCCACCGUCUCGUGCCGCGACCGAUUCUCUGUUUCCUCCUGCUGCUUUACGUCUUUCAGAACGCUCGGGCGCGGAGUGUGCCGCAUGAUGACGACGGCGGGCUGGACCAAGUGCACGGUAAGAUUUCGGCAACGGUGGAAGCGAGUGAUCCUAAUCUUGACGGGACAGCGCAAGAGGCAGUGGUGGGCGAUGUGCAUGAAGAAGUGCACGGGAGAAGUCUGACAGAAGAUGUUUACGUCGGACACGACGGGAACGAGGAUGAUAGUGAUGUCGUCGAAGGCGGAAGAGAUCUGGGAGAACGUCUCGUCGGGGAACCCGAGAAGAUGCGGAUCGAGAUUGUCGCCGAUGAAGGUAACAUGGCGAAGAAGAGACGAAGAAACGACGUGAGUCUCGUCGGCGAUAAGUCUGUGUUGCAGGACGGCGAAGGUAACCCGCAGAAGGACGAGGGUAUCCGACGAUUCGACGCGCAGGUCGAAUCAGACGACAGCGAGGCGUUGGGUCAACGGAAGACCUUGAGCGACGGUAUCGCCGAGGACCUCUCGCACUUGUACGAAGACGUCAGGCUCAAUCAUCAAAGAGGAUCGAUCGACGUGAAACGGUCGCACGGAAACGUGAAGAACGCGGAUCGCCGCAACGAUGAAGACGGGGCGCGGCCGGAAGGAGAGAUCUACGCGGAGAUCUCCGGCGGUCUUCGCGAGAGACUCGAGGACGUCGACGUUGCAAGUUCGGCAGAGAAGAUAAAUUUGAGUAAAGAGGAAGCGGGACAGCUGAAGAAUUCAGCGGCGGUCAAUGUGGACAAGACGCGGAUCGAGAAGAUCGGCGGGGACGAGGAAGUGCGCAAUGAUCUGCGCCGGCUCGAGCUUGCGCUGGAGCUUGGCGACUCGAGCGAGAGGAGUCCAGAGGAACACGUCGUCGAGGAAGUCGCAACGAGAGAAGAAGAUCCGGAUGUCAACAGGGAACAGAGGCACUUAGCUGGGGUGCCAGGUAAGUCCAAGUACAAAAGCUCGACCGUGUACCUGAGCGCCGAGGAGGGCGGCACACCUGGCCGCGACCAAGAGUCGAUCGUGGACGGCCAGAUCAAAAGACUGAUAUCCAUACGCGACGACGCCCUCGAGUCGGCCGGCGACGGCGUGAAAGUCGCAGCGAAAUUGGACGACGACGCACUUCUCCCGGGCAGAUCGGUAGGGAUCGACGUGGUCGGCGGAGAAGAGAACGAGGAGAUUCGCAAUCAACGCAACAGCGACACGAAAAAUACGUCCGUUCUGACUGAGAGUCUCGAUCGACCUUCUUUAACGACUGAGACCGGUCUUAAUCGUCUGCAGGCAUGGAAGGAUCAAGCGGAGAUGCUGCAGGAACAGAUCAGAAACCGGACGUCCUUUCAGUACUUACGGGAACAGACGAUCGAGAACAUGCUUCCCGAUAUACCGAGAUUUACGGAGAAUCAAUUGCUGGAGACUUUGAGGAAUAUCUGGCAGUCGCGAGCGAGACCUAUCUCGCAACCGAACGAGACGUUCUCGACGUCCUUGAACACGAGCGCGCUGAGCCACGAACAAUUGGAGAUAAUCAAGUGCGCCGAGCAGCUGUUAGAGACACAACAACGUCAGUCUUUCGUGGAAAACAUGACGGAAUGCAUACGCAGCCUCAGCGUGCUAAAUUGCAUGCGCAUCUUCAUCUGGCCCAUCGUGCUCGACAACAUGCCGGAGUCGGUCACGGAGACCUUGAACAACUUGCCGAUCGAGAUCAACUUGAUGGAUCUGUUUCAACGGCAGAAGGCAGCGCGAUCGGAGAGCAGCGCUCACCAGCCGAGAUUCCUCACGCCGGAGUCCGUCGUGUUCGCGAUCCUGAAGAACUCCCUCGACUCGAAGACCACAUACUAUCAAGGACCUAUUUACAUCGAUUUCAAGAACGAGACCCUGAGGAGGCUGCUGACCUUCGGCCAGGUGCAGAUCCUGCAGAUGGCCGAGAGACUCUUGCCCGGCGAGGCACGUCGCGAAUACUCCGACAGGAUGUUCUCAUGCGUGCGCAGGUUCGAGUAUUUCAGCUGCGUCAAGUACUUCGCGUGGCCGAUGGUGAGGCAGUACCACGCGGACUUGCCGGACUUCCCGGAUUACCAAACCUGGUAUCCGCCCGUCGCAUUUUAUCCGCAGUACCCUAUCGUGCCCUUCCCCAGCUUCGUGGAAACGUCGGGUGAGCUGCCGGAGGUCGUGGACGCCGACGCCACGAGAAUGAGGAGGCCCAAGCCGGAGGCGGUGAUCGUCAACAUUUUACAGAACACCCUGAAAGAGCACGCGAAGGUACCACCCCCGUCCGUCGCGCAUAACGUCGAUUCUUACGUCGCCUUGUUGCCGCCGGAACAAUUACUAUCGAUUCGCAUGGCCGAGCAACUUCUUCCCACCCCGUACCGGCCGGAGUUCGUUCAGAAGACCGUCAGGUGCAUUCAGGAGUUUAAUUACAUGACCUGUGUCAGGUAUUCCAUCUGGCCGACGGUGAAGCAAUCUAAUCCCGGUUUGCCGGAUAUCACCUUUUGGUUGCCAAAUUUGUCGAUCCCGCAAGUUUUCGGCUCCUACUUGCCGGAGCUGCCGAACUUCUCUGAUUACAUACCAUCCUUCAUAUCCGGUUUAGGUGGCGGAAGCGCGACACCUACCACUGAACAGCCGCCACAAUCUGGCGAUUCCACCAGCCAGGAGCAGUCUGGUCGAUUUCCCACGAUACUGUUCCGUCAACAUGAGAUCUCUUCCACUGAACUGGAGAACAAGAUCACCGAGAUUCUCAUGAGAGUGCGUAAUUCCCUGAAGGCAAUACCAGAGAACUCGCAGUUGGUCAUCAGCGGCAACGUGAUCAUCUUGACGACCAUCACCGAUAAGCAAAUCAACAUAUUGAAAUUAGCGGAGAGCAUUCUGCCGCCUACAGCUCGGGCACCACUCGUCAACCAGGUUCUCGCAUGCCUCCAGACGAACAACGACUUCAUCAACUGCACCAAGUACAUCGUCUGGCCCACGAUGGCUCUUUACGUUCCGAAUUUGCCGGAGUUCCCUAGUCUACCGCCUAACCGACAGCCACCGAGUCAAGAGGGUCAACAGGCAUUGCUGAAAGACAACAACACCCCGCAUCAGAUCAGCGAGGAGCAGCGGGAACAGUGGCACAAUUCGCGGGACGCGGCGAAUCCCAACGUGAAGAUCAUCUCCAGGACGAAGUACCCGCAAAGCAACACCCCCGUGAUUAGUGUAACCGGCACGCGUUUCGUGCCGAUUUUCACGGAACAUCCCGAAUCGGUGAUACUCAACAUCCUGCGUUCGAUCCAUCUGUCUUCGCCCAAUGCGCCAGGCGAUCAGACGACCAAGAUCACUGGCACUCAGCAGUUCGUUGAUCUGUUCAACGAUCAGCAGGAGCACAUUCUCAGGGCGGCGGAGGACCUGCUACCCGACACCGCUCGUCCCACUUUCGUCGAGCGGAUGGUCGAGUGCAUUCGCAGAGAGAGCUUCUUGGUGUGCUCAAGAGAAGUAUUGUGGCCCACCUUGUCGGAGUACUUCCCUCGACUACCCAGCUUUCCAAAUUUCGGAGCGCAGGCGACCGACAGCAAGCCCAUUUCACCGCAGAAUCUAACCGACACGUCGCCACUUUCGGAGACCGACAUCAAGGUCGGUCAACACGGGGAUGCUACCGUCACGACCACACACACGAGAUUCUUCCCCAUCUUCUCGGAACAUCCGGAGGGCGUGAUCUUGAAGAUCCUGAGAGCGGUGCAGCACGCCACACCGGAUUACACCGGGAAUUCCAUGAUUAGCUCGAGGUCGCCAGAGAUCAUGUCUUACUUUACGGAAGAGCAGAGCAGCAUUGUCCAGAUCGCCGAGAGUCUGCUGCCGGAAUCAGUGAGACCGGUUUUCGUCGAGAGAAUGGUCUCUUGCGUUCGCAAGAACGCGUUCCUCGAGUGCACACGGGACAUCGCUUGGCCGACUAUCGCUCAGUUUUUCCCACGACUGCCGAACUUCCCGGACUUCCGCAGCUCGGAAAGCAAGCCGAGAACAUCCAUCUUGCUCCGCAACGUCUACUCGAAGAAUCAACUGUCCGACAAGAAGUUUCAGGAUAUUCCAAAUAGCGCCAUGGAGAGCGCAGAGGACAAGAUAGAGAAUGUGCUGAAGGAGCUGGUGAGCAAGGAGGACGCUUCGGCGCGCUUGGACAACUCCUACUUGGACGCGAGUAAUCCCGUGAUCGGCGAUCUCUUGACCGCUCGCGAAAUAAACAUCAUGAAAUUGACGGAGAAAGCGAUACCGGAUUCCGUACGUCGUGCUUACAUUACGAAUAUGCUGGAAUGCGUGAGGAGCAACAACUUCAUGACUUGCACCCAGUACGUCAGCUGGCCGACCUUGAAGCAAUACGCACCGGCUCUGCCGGGUUUCGACCAGCUGUUCGGCCAAAUCCCUGGCGUGAGCGCGAUUCCCGAUUUCGCGGGACAGAUUUCCGAUCUCACAGGGCAGUUUCCCACUUUCCCCGGCGUGGGAAGCUACCCUUUCGCCGAGUUUCCCUCACAAAUUACCGCGAUACCAGGCGCGAUACAAGGCGGUAUUCCAGCCGGCAUUCAAGAUGGCAUUUCUCAGAUUCCAGGGAUCUCCGAGUUCCCUAGCUUAGGCGGCCUCGGCUUCCCGUCGUACGUAAAGCGCCUGCCGGCCGCCACGCUGCAGACAAAGCCGCAGGAGCAGACGAUUCAACCGAGGCUUCAACUGAACGCUGAACAGACGUACCAGAUAAGUGGAGUUUCGGUGGCUGCGAACACUCCGUCAGUAGACGAGUCAGUAGCCGUCCCCGGAUACUUCGGGCAGCCGUCAAGCAUCCUCAUAGAUAUCUCUAAGGAGAAGGUCCACUUGUCCGACAUCGAGCAACAACGAGGUCCAUCGCCGGGGUCCGUUCUCUCGGAUCAAUCGUCGACGAAACGCAGGAGGAGGCGCAGGAGCGCCGAACGGCUGUCCAACUUCUACUACGAGACCGACGGGCAAACGGUCGAACGGACCUUCGAAUCUAUGAACAACACAUUCCCGAACAUCACGGAAUCCGAGUUUCUUCAGCUUCUAGUUAAUAUCUCGCGAUCCAAGGCUGUCUCGGAGCAGAGGCCAGAGGAGGCCAAGACGGAGUACUUCGUGGACACAUUGAAUUCUACAAUCAAGAACUCUCUUACCGCGGAUCAGUACGAGAUCCUGAAGAUCGUCGAGAUCCUGAACGAGCAGAACACCAAUCGCGGCUUGCUGACACGGGUGAUCCAAUGUAUACGCAGCUUGAGCUUCAUCAGAUGCAUGGGCAUCUUCGUCUGGCCCAUGAUCACUAGCACCGUGCCGUCCUUACUUGGCUUGCCGUCUUUACCCGUGAUCCCUGGUCUUGGUCUGCUCGGCAGAUCGACGGAGUCCGAAGUGGAGAACUUUUUCGGCAUAUCCACGAGCGAUUUCGAGAAAGAGUUGUUGGCGAAGAAAGAAUCGGUUGAAAAUAUCCUUUUGGAUUGGUACAAGAGACUGAUGGAGGACAAGUUUCAAACGAACAUAGGUUUUCUGAAGGUGAACGGCUACGGUAACGGCGAAGUGGGUAUCAGCUUCAACGGCUUCCGCGAAGGACGAGCCACGAAGAUUAAGGACAACAAGAAUCUGCCAAGUAUCCUGACGAUCAUCAGUGACAUCAUGGAGGAGGUGCUCGACCAGCGGCCGGAUAACGAGAAGAUCAAGAACAAAGAGAAACGAGAGAGAAGUCUCGACGAUGUGCAAGAGGCGGAUUUCCAGUUGCUCAAGGAGAGCGACGAAUACGCCGACAUCAAGCGCUCCAUAAACGACGAUCAGAUAAUCACCAUGUUCUUGGACAAAAUCAAAGCUAACGCCAGCGAUUUCGCUGAAGGUGACGUCACUCAGUACCUGAACAUGGAGGACGCUUAUAAUGCCUUCGGCGUGCUCUUCGGCACCCGCUUGAACGACAAAUUCGCGAGUCGGCUAAAAGCCUUCACGGAGGAGCAUCUGAGAAGCUUGAACAGGGAGAAUCCCGAGGAGGACCGCGCUCAGGAAUUCAACGCGAAGGCAGAGAACGCGAAGGUGGCGCCCUGGAAAGAGGAAGAGAUAUCCUACGACCUCGAGAAGGAAUCCACGGAGGGCCAAGAAGCGCGUAAACGGGAGCAUCGCGCGAAGAGCAACUUUCAUUCUCUUCUGAACAAGUACUCGGAUAAAUACGCGAGGAGCAUCGCCGCGACGAAAGUCGGCGAUCCCCAUCAUGACAACAGGAUCAAAGAUACCAUCGAGUCGUUCUCUGACAAGGACGCGCGCUCAGAACUGAGGCUGCAGUUGCCGAGUUUGCGGGAGGACGUGAUAUCCCGGAAGAUCACGAGUGCAGUGGUGCACCUCGGCAAAGCGAUGAAGAUGAAGAUGAGCAACAUGCUGCCCGGAAUCGGCUUCGUGAUAUCCUUCCUCAUCCAAACCGCCUUGGCUCACGCGAGGGCGGCCGCGUCCAUGGCCGGGAUGAUCAGUAAUAUGGCCCUCGCCUCGGCCAUGUUCGGCAUGCUCCGGCAGAGUAUGUUCGGCUCGGAUAACCCGCAAGUCAAAUACGUCUACGACAACGACAAAACCGGUCCCGGUAUCACCUGGCCGCACAAUGAGGGCUAUUAUCACGGGAAAUAUUGGCUCGUCGAAUUAACCGAGCGAGGUGUCGAAAUGUUAUCGCCGCUGUUGCUGUUCGGCAUGGCCCUGUCCAUCAUGGGAGGCUACGUGCCGCCAGGGCCGCGGUUCAGAUGUCCCAAAGACACGAUCUACAUUUAUCCCUGCACUUGUCUGCGGGGUAGCGACAGGGGCCUCUACAUCCGCUGUGAGAACACAAAUCUGGCCAGUCUCAGCCUUGCCUUCGUGAAUCUGGGAAACGAGGGCAUGCCGAUCGAGGAACUGGUUCUAUACAAGUGUAACAUAGUGAGAUUUUAUGGACCCGCUCUAUAUCCUCUGGACGUGCGGGUGCUGAAGUUUAUCGACACGCCGCUGCGGCUGAUCGAGGAGCACAGCUUCCUCGGCGUGAACAGAACACUCCAAGAGCUGCACGUGAUGAACAGCAAUCUCGAGAAAUUCCCGCGCGAGGCAUUGCAGGUCCUCGGUAAUCUCAGCCUAUUGAGCAUAGCGGGCCACCGGAUAUCUACUUUGCCGGGUAACAGCUUCGGUGAAAGCGCCGCGGCGGCGAAGCUGGAAAAAUUGGAGAUCAGCAACGGUACACUGUCCUCUUUGCCUGUAGAGGCACUGACGCCGUUAAAAAAACUGAAGACGCUCGAUCUUCACGGUAAUAAAAUAAAAGACCUGAAGAGAAAUCAGUUCAAAGGUCUGAGGGACACCGAGUUUUUGGAUCUCUCGUACAAUUCGAUCGACAAAUUAGAUCCAUCGCAUCUGGCCGACCUUACGAAGAUGGGAUGGUGCAACAUGUCGCACAACGCUAUCGUCGACUUGAAAAGAGGAACCUUCGCUCGUAAUUCCGUCUUGAAGGUGCUGAACUUGAGCCACAACAAGAUCAGGAAGUUGGACUCGAACACCUUCCGCGGCAUGCGCUUCCUCAGACGACUGUACCUGAGUGACAAUCAGAUUAACGACGUGGGACGUGGAACCUUCGGCUCCGUCACCAGGAUCGGCACCAUCGAUCUCUCGCGAAACUUCAUAAAGAAGGUCGAUUUCCAAAUGUUCAACCAGCUGCAAUUCGCUGAGCUCUUAGACGUCUCGGAGAAUUUCGUGACGAUCGUGGAGAAACUGGCGUUCAAAGAUCUCUACUUGGCGAAGGUGAAUUUGUCUCACAAUGAGAUUUCUAAGAUAGAACCGGGUGCUUUCGAGAACUGCGCAAACAUCACGUCGUUGGACCUCAGCUACAACAAGCUCGAAAACAUCUCCAAGUAUUCCUUCGACAGCGCGACUUACGCCACCGAGUUGCAAUUGAGUUACAAUCUGUUUACGUCGCUAAUUCAGAUUCCACUGCACAACAUGACAGGCCUGAAAAUCUUAAACGCCUCCCACAAUCUGAUACAUUCCGUCCCACGACAGACCUUCCCCAAGCUGUACGAGCUCCACACGAUCGACCUCUCGCACAACAAUCUGUCCGAGAUUCACAACGCCGUGUUUCAGACGCUUUUUAGUCUGCGAUUCCUCAAUCUGUCGCACAAUUCUCUGGAGAAGAUCAAACCGUCGACCUUCGGGCCGUUACCGACGCUUCUGGAGCUCGACAUGAGCUACAAUCAAUUGAGCGACGUCGCACGCGGUAGUCUCACUCGAUUGGCCAGCUGCAGGAGUUUAACCGUGAAGAACAACCGGUUGACGAAAAUAUUCCAGCUGCCGAUCUCGCUGGGUCAGCUAGAUUUCUCGGAGAACUUGUUGGAGGAGAUCCCGAGCACGGACGUGUGGCCCACGAUGAACGCGCUGCUCUCGCUGGAUCUCUCGCGGAACCGGCUGGUCGAUAAUCUGCAGGACGGUAGCUUCGAAAACCUGUUGACUCUGAGAACCUUAGACCUGCGAGCGAACAAUAUCACGAAACCUCCCUGGCAGGCACUGGGCAGCCUCAGCAGUCUGCAGUACCUUUAUUUACAAGACAACCGCUUGUCGAAACUGGAGAAGGCCGCGUUCGGCCGCCUGCCGAUAGUGUUCGAGUUGAAUCUGGCGAACAAUCAGAUAAACAACGUGACGAGCCGCGCAUUCGAAGGCCUGCUGCAGCUGCUGACGUUGAACUUGACCAACAACAAUAUUAGCCACAUACCGAAUGGAGCGUUUCAAGGCUUGGUGUCGCUGAGAACUCUCGACCUGUCGCACAAUAAAUUGGAAAAGCUGGACAACAAGACGCACGGUUUGCUCGACGACUGUCUGUCCUUGGAGAGACUGAAUCUUAGCCACAACAAGAUCUCCUUCAUCACACGGAAGACCCUGCCGAACGAUCCCUGGAUUCCUUACAGAUUGAAAGAAGUCGACCUGUCCUACAACACGAUGCCGGUGGUCACGUUCGACCUCAUCGCCGGCGCCAAGAAGAUUCAGUACUUGAAUCUCAGUCACAACAAUAUCAACGAGAUCAGGAGAUAUGUAAUCGGGAAUUUGACGGCUUUGCAGACGCUGGAUUUGUCGCACAAUGACAUAAGCGACAUCUCCGAUCGAAACGUUUUUCUGCCGCCGUCAAAUUUAACCAGCCUGUACCUGAGUAACAAUCACCUGAGUCACAUGCCUCUCGAGAAGAUACUACCGCUGCCGAAUCUCAAGGUCUUCGACCUGAAGGAGAACGAGAUUGGCGUGUUCGACGAGAAAUACAUGAGGAUCAUUCAGAAUGGCACAAUACUCAAAUAUUCUGGUAAUCCAAUGCACUGUGACUGCCACGCGCGGCCACUAAAGAGGUGGCUGAAUGCCCAAACGCAACUUCCAACAGAAUGGUCAAACGUGAGGUGCAACAGCCCGAAUUAUCUCGCGGACAAACCCAUCUCAGGUAUCACGGAGGAUCUCAUGAACUGCGGAGAGAGGGACAUUCAAGAAGAACCCGAACUGGACAUCACACCGGACGUGAAGUAUCGAAACAUUGAAUAUGACACCGAGGACAAGAGCUGGAAGGCGACGUGGUAUGUGACGUCGCGCGACGACAUCGGCGACUUCUACGUGGUGGUCCGAGAAUUCGGCAGCAGCAAGUCCACGAUCGAGAAGGACGUCGUCUACAGCGAGAGAUCCUUCAGGAUCCACGAUCUGAAGGAGUCGAGCACGAAGUACGAGCUAUGCGUGUUGGCGCGCGAUUCUGAGGGUAACGUCAAGCACUUCAGGAACUCGCAGUGCCAGAUCCUAAAUCAACGCAGCUCCUCCGGCUCGCCCUUCAGCCUCAGAGCGAGCCUGUACUUCGUGAUAGCUGUCGUUUCCUGCUGCAUCCUCACCUAAGACUUCAUCAGUUCGCCGGAAAUAACAUUCGCAGCGUGUCAGGCGGAUGUCCUACGUCCGUAAAGCGGGAUGUAGACAACACGACGAAGAGGAAACUUCGCGUGUCGCUGGCUAAUUAAUUUCGCCGAACGUUCCGCUGUUGUGUCGCAUGCUUCGAGUCGCGUUGAGGCGCGCGAGAAGCGAAGUAUUGUAAAGUAAAUUAAUAUAUUUCCCGAGAGAGACACGUGCGCGCGCGUUGUACAUAGGUCACGUUGGUAUCCCGUUUGAGCGAAAGGACGUUGAACGUCGUGUAUUUAUUUUUGUAAAAUACAUACCCAUUGUACAAGUUGA